AUGAACAUGUCAGAGGAGGAGAUGCAGUGCUUCUGUGGCAGUGACUCCCACCGAGAGAACAUUCUAUAUUCUACAUUUUACAUCCUGAUUUUCACCAUGGCUGAGCCUGGGAAUGCCUCGGCGCUGUGGGCCUUCUUUCACCAAGAACGCACGUCUCCAUUUAAGGUCUUCCUGAGGCACCUAUCUGUAGCAGAUAUGUCCUACGUUCUCAUUUUACCCAUGCGUAUAGUUUACCACCUGUCCAACGGCCACUGGUCUUUCAGACAUCAACUAGCAGGCUUCCUCUUUUACCUUAACAUGUACUGCAGCCUUUACUUAAUACAUUUCAUCGGCCUGGACAAAUUCCUGGCUGUGGUUUUACUCAUAACAUCCCUGUCAGUAAGGAAGGCUAUCAUGUAUGCAAAGAUUGUUGUUGGCAUACUUUGUGUGACAGUUAUUGUGUCUAUGAGUCCUAUACUUUUCUCUAAAAAGAAUGUGACCAACAACUCAAUCUGCAACAAGCUGUACUUACAUAAAAAUAAAUCUCCCAUGGCUUUAGCUUCCACUAGUGUGACAUUGGUUGUUCCCCUCACCAUCGCGGUUUGCUACAUACUGAUUCUGCUGAAACUAAGGGCCAUGAAGCACCAGGAGGACUGGCCAGUGAAGGACAAAGCUAUAUGAAUAAUCAUCCUCUUUGUGAUGAACUUCCUUUUUGCAUUUGUGCCCUACCAUGUGAACAGGGUAAUCUACAUUGACAGCCACAGUCGCGGUAUGACUGUGGUGAGCAGGGAGACACUGGGUAGAACCAAUCGGAUCACAUCUGCACACUCUGUGUGA